AUGGGCCCGAAAAGAGGUAAAAAGGGCACUCCGUGGCCAGAACCACGGUUUGCAGAUGACCCUGAUAUACGCGCAUACGUAGCUGCAGCCAUCAAAGAUCUCGAGGCACUGAAGAAGCACCAAGAAGCGCUGGAGAUUGGCAUGCCCCGUGAGCUCUCAACUACCGUGGUUGACACGUUCUUACACCUGGCUCGACGGGUAAAGAAUACGCCUACGAAUGAGCAACUAGCGCAGCCCCUCGCGAAGGUCGAAUUACACGUGGAAAAGACGCAGAAAGAGGUAUCUCAGGCCUCUCGAGAGAUUACUACGACCAAAAGCAACACGAACCGCCUGGUGGAGGCAAUAUGCCACCCAACAUUCCCAGGGGUGUAUGGUUAUGAAGCAGGCUAUGCUCCCACUGAUCUUCUUAAUAAGAUGGUUGGUGAUCCAAUUGCUGAGAAGAUCGACAGGUUCAACAAAAACCAGGUUGCCGAUGAGGAGCUUGAAGAUUUAGCUUCAGUACUGAUAUCUUCGCUGGAAGAUUAUAUCACAGAGGAUGCGGAUGAGUAUGAUGAUAAACUAUAA